UUUUCUUUUUCUUUUUUUCUUUUUUGUAUGGCUUUGUAAAUAUUUGAUUAGUGUUCAAAUGUAAAUAAUUUGGUGUACAUAUAGUGGCUGGUGUACAUAUGGUGUACAUAUAGCUGCUAAAUUUGUAUGAGAUAACUAGAUCAAGUGCAGACCCGUUGGGUCUGUUCCCCCAAAGUGCGGUUGUGGGGGAGGGGGGUGGGAGGCGGCAUGCAGCGUCACACACUAACUAUUUUGAGGCACACCACUUGCAGAGACUGAUUGAGGCACACCACUUCCUGGUUUUAUAGUCCCUCCCCCCUGCUGCCAGCGAGGGUAGCAAAGAGAAUGGAGAAUUUUGUAAAAUCAUUAAUAUCUCUGUCAUAUUUCAUCGACGGGAAAAAUCCUCAGCACACAUACGGCGGAGGGGGGCUCUGAGCGAGGUGACCAAAAAUGACGGCCGUAGGUGGCGGCGUUCUCUCGGAAAUCGCAACACAGAUCGCCAAAACCGGUCAAGAACAGAGUUUUAGUAAUAUAGAUUACAAGCAGUUGAAUAAGGGGUGGGAAUUAAUAAGCUUUGGCUUCUUCCUGCUCUUUUUCGGACACAUAUGAUUUCAUUUAUUUAUAGAUAUUGUUUAUGACACUUUAUAAAUAUUUGUGUUUUGUUUUUUGUAUGCUGUUUCACAUUUGCUUUUUAUUCUUUUAUUCUGUCCGAAAUAAAUAACUAAUAAAUAAAUAAAUAAACAACUAAAACAAUAAUCCCUUCUAAUUUCCCCACAUUCCCUCACCUCCCUCCAGAUACUACUCCUCACCUACACACUAGGGGCACUUUGCAGUGGCCAAUUAACCUGGGUGGGGGAGAAUGUGCAAACUCCGUACACAGACAGCACCUCAGGCCAGGAAUUGAAUCAGGACUCUAGAGCUGGGAGGCAGCAGGUCCAGCAGUCACAGUACUGUGCGGCAGAUGGGGAGAAGCUGCUUCUACUGACAGGAGGGUUAUGACCAGCUUUAAGUACUUGCCAUUUCGUAGCCAGACAUUAAAUGCACUGCAAAUUGUUCCGAUCUGGAAUACGCCGGUUGAAAAUGUGGCACAGAAUGAUUAACUUACAAGAGGAAAGUUGACAUAGAAUGAAAAGGAGAAAUUUACUGGCAUCGCUCACUGGAUGAGGACACCUUGUAAAGAGCUGAAAUUUCUUCAGCUCUGCAUUCUUUCCAUUGUUUGGAUUUGUGACCAGGAAUUUCAUGUGUUUUCAGCAGGAAAUGGGAAACUCUGAAGUUGAGAAAGUAUUGGAGGAAAAGGAGGAGCCAAGGAAUGACCAGGAGUUACUGAAAAGCACCUCGCUGGACAUCAUCGACAUCGGAAAGGGUUUGAAGAUGCAGUCGGAGCGACCCCACCUGGUGAGCCUGGGCCGUGGCCGAUUGAGCAUUGCCAUCACUCUGCUCCCGAUCAAUGAAGGCAAGACGAGGAUUGGUACCGAAGAUGCUGCCGUCCCGCAGGACAUUAUAAUACAAGGGGCGGACGUGGCAGCGGAGCACUGUUACAUUGAAAACCUGAAGGGGGUGAUCAUGCUGCACCCCUGUGGCAACUGCUGCACCAUGGACGGGUUUCUGGUGAAAGAGCCCACACAUCUGACCCAAGGUUGCAUUCUGUGCCUGGGCCAGUCGAACUACUUUCGCUUCAACCAUCCCGUGGAAGCCAAGCGGAUCAAGGACAUGAAGCCUGACGGUGAGGCGGUCUCCGCACCUGGUUAUGUCCCAGGUCAUCCCCACCAGGGACACCUCCCGCCUCUCGGGCCAGGAGCAGGCCGUGGACACUCGGAUCAUGACGCCUUCACCGCUGUGGCCUGGAGCACGAAGACUGCCCGGCGUGGGUUCCGCGGUGUGGAGGGGGCGACCCUGCCCUCCGGAAGUCCCUCGCCCCCGCCCACCCUUCCCCACUUGCCCCUGGCCGGCGGCUCCCAGCGGCCCCUCCUCGCUGGCUCACCCGGCCUGCUGACCCCACCGAGCAGCCCCCCCUCGCCCGCCCCCUCCCCCACUGACGGCCGCUGGGGGAGGAGGCCGGAGCAAUGGGCCGGGCAGAGGAGAGAGGCGCUGGCCUAUGGGAGCCCCUUCACAGAGGCUUCUCCCCGGCCUGGCACCUGGGAGGACGGCCUGUCGUCGGGGAGAGGCAGUCUGGGUGCUCGGGCCUUGGGCGGCCGAGGGCGGGAGUCGGCCAGCAUGCCCUCCAGCCCCAGGAUGGCCCGCAGGCUACACCCCCUGCCCAGCCCCACCGAGUACUGGUACCCAGGGCAGGACAGGGCCGUCCUCAAUGGGGCCCUCGGAGUGGGGCCCACAGCCAGGCCCUCCGCCGGGCAUAGCCUCCGACAGGCAGCGCUCCACAGCCGCUCCAUGCCCUGGCUAGCCGAGGCCCAGCUGAUGCCCUUCACAGGAAACUCGGAGGUGCCCGGCAUCCCGAGUCCCAGGUACUUCCCACUGCCCGUGAAGGAAUUCCACUGCCCCCGACCAAGCCCGGCGCUCCGGGCUCAUCUCGGCUCGGAGCCCGAGGGUCCCGGCGAGUUCCCGGGCUUCAGGAGCCCCUGGCAAGUGGCCCCCGCCUCACAUGGGAGGGAGGGCCGGAGCGCCGUUCACAACGGCCUGGGGGUGGAGCAGCCAGCCUGGAGCAGGAGUGUCCCCAGCAGCCCACUGCACUUCCAAGGUCGCCCCUCCAUAUCACCCGCCUUCCGAGCCCGCACCAACAGCGUCAGCUCACUGGGCGGCAACGAGGAGGAGCUGGCAGAUUAUCACCAGCGGCAGAAGGACGAGAGGCUGCGGGAGCAGGAGAUGGAGCGACUGGAACGGCAGCGCCUGGAGACGAUCCUGAACCUGUGUUCAGAAUACAACAAGGCAGGCAGUGGCACAGCCGGAGUGACCGUCAGCAGCAUUGAGAAGAUCGGGGAAGAGCUACACAAACUCUCGCUGUCCCACAGCAGAGGAUGCUCGCCACACCUGGAGGCCAGCAGCCACAGUGGCAGCGAAAGUGAGCCACGGGCGAACACGAGAGCCUUGCCCUGCACCUCCCCCAUGUUUGACUUCACUCCGUCCGGGAGAAGGUCCAGGAGGAAUUCCGGUCCCCUGGAGCCAGGUGGAGGUGUGGAAUUAAACCGCUUGGGGAGAUCUCUGCAGCAGUUGUCUCCCAGCGUGGCAGAGACUUCCCCGAAUUAUGCCGAUGUAUUCACCUCAUCCUACUCUCCCAAGCUGCCUCACUGGCAGAUCGAUCCUGCAGAACGACUGAGUCCAUUCAGUGAUGUUCGGGAAAGAGUGGCCAGGGAGGCCAGCAAUGUGGAGGAGAAAAUACUGGCUCAAAGGAACCUUAAAGAAAAGAUCGCCCAGCUGGAUGAAGAAUGCAUGGCCAUCCUAAACAAUGCGGAGGAGAUUAACCUGAAAAUCAAGGAGCUGGACAAUCAGAUGGAAGAAUCUUCACAAGAGAUGGAGAUGGAACGAGCUUUGUUGGAAGGGGAGCGUGACUCUGAGAUGUCACAUGUCCAUUAUGAGAAGGAUGUGCUGGAACAAUUACACAAAAAGAUAACUGACCUGGAGACCAGUGUUUCAUCCGAAAAGGCAAAGGCUGGCGAACAGCUGGAUGCCGAAGUGAAGCGUUACGACGACCUGGAAUUUCAGCAGCUGGAGCAGGAGAGCAGGCUUGAGGAGGAAAAAGAGACCAUGAGCAAGCAGUUGCUGGGCGAGGUGGCAGAGUACCAGCAGAGCAUUGCCACCCGGGAGAAAAAGAUUUCAUUGUUGAGGAAUCAGGCCAAUCAGAUUGUCCAACAAGCUCAGCUGGAGCAUCAACACUUCACAAAGGAGAAGACCAACCUGCUGACAAUGCUGCAGAGUGAGAAAGAGAACCUGAUGAGUUUGGAGAAGGUCUACUGUGACAGCACUGGUGGAAGAGGCAUCCCUGUCAACCCAAACGUACUGAGAGAGGACUAUGUGACUGUGAGCCAGAUCAAUGAGUUGUACAGCACCUCCAGCACCAGCCAGCCCACUGGGUCAGUCGCUGAGGAGCCCGCACACCAGUACACAGUGGAGGCUGACUGUCCCCAGAACUUCCGCGCCCUGGAGGAGAGGAAGAAGCAGCAGCAGAAAGAGGGUUUUUACCAGAGUGACACAGUACCAAGAAAAAAAGGCAGCUCAGGUACCACCUCCAGGUUCACCAGUGCAACCAUGGGCCGCAGUUCCACCCCUAAGGGUCACUUAACUCUGGUGCAGAGUAACAGCUGUAGCAAUAUUCCACCUCACAAUACCACCGCAAGUGUGAAGGAGCUGGACAUGAGGAGGCUUCACAGGCACAAAGGAUCGGCAUCACAUUCCAAGGGGAAUCACAGAAAAGGACCCCAGCAUCACCGUGCCAGUGAGGAACAGAGGGUGAAAGCCCAGGAUCAGAGCAGCACGGGGAUGGAUCGCUCCCUGUGUACUGACAACGGCUACAAGGACAGUGCCUUUGAUGCCCUCAGCUUGGACAGCUCCGACAGUGUGGACACCAACCUAUCUGCUUGUUCCCCCGACAACAUUUCUAGCGCCAGUACGUUCAACAUCGCCAAACUGGAAGAGAUGGAGCGUUUGCUGAAGGAGGCGCAGGCUGAGAAGGCAUGGCUGAUCGAAAGCAGAGAGCGAGAGAUGGAGGUGAAGAAGCAGGCGUUGGAAGAGGAGCGAGGCCGAAGGGAGCAGCUGGAGAAGAGGCUGCAGGAAGAGACUCAGCACCGGCAGCAGCUGAUCGAGAAGGAAGUUAAAAUACGAGAAAAGCAGCGAUGGCAGGCCAGGCCGCUGACUCGUUACCUCCCGGUCAGGAAGGAGGACUUUGACCUGCGAACUCACAUCGAAGCUGCAGGUCACACAGUCGAGACGUGUUACCAUGUAUCCCUCACUGAGAAGACCUGCAGAGGAUUUUUGAUUAAGAUGGGGGGCAAAAUUAAAACCUGGAAGAAGCGCUGGUUCGUCUUUGAUCGAAAUAAACGGACGCUAUCGUAUUACGCAGAUAAACACGAAACCAAAUUGAAAGGGGUGAUCUAUUUCCAAGCCAUUGAGGAAGUGUACUACGACCACUUGAAGAGUGCACACAAGAGCCCCAAACCUUUGCUUACCUUCAGUGUGAAAACCCGGGACAGAAUCUUCUACAUGGUAGCACCUUCUCCUGAGACCAUGCGGAUCUGGAUGGACGUCAUAGUGACGGGAGCUGAAGGUUACACCCAGUUCCUGCUUUAGUGGAGGCCUCAUGUCUUUAUAAACCUUAUUUUGCAUGCAAAGUAUUUUGACAUAUUUAUGAAACAAGAUUCAGCUGCAAACCACUGUUGGAGCUUUAUCCAUGUUAUCUCAAACAUUGUGACAAUCGUACACAGGUUAACAUAUUAUAAUCUUGUGUUUAAACCAGUUGGAGCAAGCUUUGCCUUUGGUCAUUUUGGUGAAGCUACUGCUGGGAGGGGGAAGGAAGCCUUCGACUGAGAUAUGUGCCCAGUGUAGAAAUGUGCGUGAGUGUCUGCAUACAUGAAAGGUGUGAAUGCACAAGAUGCGUGUGUCUCGACACAAGUGACUGUCGUGUCUGAGUGUGCGGCUUUGCCUCUGUGCUGGCAGAAUACCCUGUGUGUGAAAUGGCUACAUCCCCUUGUAUGUGUCUCCUCUGAGUCUGAUAUACGUGCCCAUAUCCGCAAGAGUCCUUGCGGGAGGAAUGAAUGCCUGCUUGCCCAACAUACGUGACCAGUUGUACGAGAAGGCUUUAUGCCUGAUAAACAUGUAAUAGCAUGCACAGUGGUCUAUGCACAUGGUUUACUCAGUACACAUGUGCCGGUGUAGACUGUGGCUUUGUAUGUCAGACAGUCCCAAUGUAUGUGAGUGUGACUGUACCUAGUAUGUACACCCAGGUGUGUAAGUGUGACCAUGCCCACUAUAUACACCCCCAGGUGUGUAAGUGUGACUGUGCCUAGAAUGUACUCCCAGUGUACUCCAAGUACACUGUGCCCAAUAUGUACACUGAGGUGUGUGUGCGCAUGUGACCAUGCCCAGUAUGUAUACCCUGAGCUCUGUGACUGUGUCAAUUAUAUCCCCUCAAGUGUAUGGGUGCGAGAGUGGCCAAUAUAUAUCCUCGAGUGUGAGUGAGAGACUAUGUCCAAUAUAUCCCCAGGUGUAUGAGUGUGGGCUUGGUCUACCCACCGGGUGUGAAGCUGUGUCUCACUGUCUGUCACUGGCCCAGGGUGGUUCUUCCUCUCCCUGCCCCCUCAUGUGUGGGAAAUCUGCAGCAAGCAACAGAGAAGGGAAACGUGUUUGAUUUUAAAAGGCAGCCUUGCGUAUUUUAAAAGUUUGAUUUUCGGGACUCCACGUUACUAAACGUAUAGGUUUCAGUGGGCAGGCCGUUCAGAGAGCCCCGCCAUGGUGCCACACCCGGCCCAGACUGGCUCUCUGCCACAGGGUCACCACCCAGUGGGAAGUUCCCUGUUCUCUGCAGCAGCCCAGGAGCUGUGCAAUCAUGGCAUUGGUGACCUGUCCAUGAAGCCCGCUCGUACUUCCUUUCAUCAUUUACAUUUUAAUUAUGUUUUUAUUUAAAAGGCCUUUUUUAAAUAAUAUUUGUAUUAUUAAAAAAUCCAGGUCAGGUGGCCGGGACAAUCCUGUAUCUGACUCUGGGACCUCGCAGUGGUGAACUGACGGGCGACCACUCUGGUUCUCAUGCUUUUAUAUGUUAACAUUGCAUCUUGCUAUAUGCUGGGUUUGCCAAAGGAAUGGCUACUUCAGUCUGAACAUUAACCUUUGUAAUGCAGCUAGACUGAUGGGACGUGGGCAAUGUUUAAGCGAAAGCAAGCUGCCAAGAUAUUGUACUUGUGUAGGAACAGGAGGGUGCUGUUCACUCCCUUGAAAUGCUCCACACACCCUCAGAACAACAGAAAACAAAUGUAAACUGCUUGAAGCCAUAUAAAAUUUAUCAAACAACCUCAUUGUAUCUGCAGAUAUUUCUUAAUAUCGGAAGCCAAACAGACUUGUGCUAGAUACCAAAGAUUUAAAAAAUGUCAGUGGGUUUGGUGUAAUUUCUGAUUAAUGUUUGUUGCCAAAACCAAUGCUACAUUUAGGAAUCACUGCUGUGUCCAUUGUGACGUGGCUUGCAGCUACUCGAGGGAAGAGUAACCCUCAGUAUCCCUUUGAGGCCCAACGCUCAUCAGGGUCAUGAGAUCUACGUGUCAAGCUCUGUAACUGGCCUCUCGCCUUCACUUCCUCACCGACUCUUGCCACCAGCAUUCUCCUUGGUGCCUCUGCAGAAUUCUGCUUUUUCCUUUGUGAAUCAUGCAGCCUGGAUUUUAAGCUUUGAAAGGGGUGCAAACUUCCAAAAGUUUUCUAAAGCAAGGAUGUCUCAAUUUCACCUUUAUUACAUGGCUUUCUAUUAACAUGUCACCAUUUAGCACACUGAAUAUAGCUAAAGUCCAUCUUGUGGGUAAUUGGUUCCAACUUCCAUCUUCCCUUCAGGCAUUGUUCAUUUCUUGUGAAACAGGCAGCAGUAAAAAGUUUUGGUCUCACUUCAUUCAUUCUCCUACCCCCUUCAAUGUUCAUUAUAUGGAAAUCUCUUUGUGUUGUCUCUUUCAGCCCUUUACUGCCCUUCUAUAGAAACACUGUGGAGAGAGGCCAGCAAAGACCUCAGAGCUUGACAAAUUCAGGGUAUUUAAAUAGUGGUCAGCCGUUAAGGUGGGAACUCUCACCUACUACAUAUUUUGACCAAUAAUUGUGUAAUGGGCAAAUGUUUGUGAUUAGGUUGCCAUAUGUGUCAGAGGGUAUAUUUUAUCAAAAGGUUUUAACUAAUUAUAUCGUGAAUAAUGACCAGAUUAGUCAUUUUAUAAGGUGCCGUGUGUACAUGCAUCUAAGUCCAUUAUUUAUUCUCUAUUACUUUAUAAUAUAAGGAAUUUUAUAUGUUACAAAACCUUGGUUAAUUUCUUAUUUUAAAUGUCUUUGAUAUGGUUGCAUCUUAUAAAAGCAUCUCUAAAUUUGAAUAAAAAACAAAUAUCCUUCUACCUGUUGCAUUUUAUUCAAUUAAGGACCAAAACAUAUCUC